UAUUCGGCUGAAUUAGCUGAUUCGGAGACUCUUCCCGGCGAAUUGGUUGUAUUGGGGAAGGAGAGGAAGAGGGAGGGGAAUCCCUCAUUUCAAUAUCCGGCCGGGCCUCCAUGCCCCGCGCGGCUGGGUUAGGUGCGGCUUGCAGGUGCGGCUUAGCGACGGUGCGGCUGUGCGGGGGUGGGGCCUUCCGCGAAUCCAGAGAAAGAGGGGCCCAGAAAGACUGGCCAGUGCAUAGGCCUUAUCUUAUCUGGGUCCCGUGGGCGCGGGGCGGCCUGUGGGCGGCCUGUGCGCACCCCACGAAAAUCUUGACGGUUGGAACGCAGCUCGAAUACAGCGAAUUCGCGGCUCGAAUGCGGCUGCGCAAGGUCCUGCGCGGGCCUGCAACUGGUACGAGUAGAUAGGUCUUUUCGAGAGCAAUUGAAUGAUGGUAUUUUCGAAGGUUUUGCCGGCCCUGUGGGCAGGCAGUGGCAAUGCAGAAGAAGAACCUUUU